GUGGUGGCGGCUGCAGGAAAGGUCGCAACGAGUGCUGGGACGUGUACGUGCUGCCCGAGCACGAGAGAAAGCCCAUGGGCGACGGCUUCGCCCACGACGAGGGGUCCAGGCCCCACACGUGGUGUUCGAACUUGGACGAUAUCUCCACGGCUGCCCCGCUAGUAGAGUGGAGCGUCUGGUCCUGCAAGCUGAAGUGCCAGCUGGACAAAGACUGCACCGCGAUCCUCUACCAGUCUGGCGACUGCGACGGUGUCACCUCGGAGGGGUCGAAGUCGUGCCACCUGCUCAAGGGCGCGUGCAAGGAGAGCCACGGGGACAGCUGCUGGGACCUCCACUACAAGAAUAAGGACGACGCGCCCUCGACAUCUUCGACCUCCAGGAAGGUGGACGACGCGCCCUCGACAUCUUCGACCUCCAGGAAGGUGGACGACGCGCCCUCGACAUCUUCGGCCUCCUCGAGCUCUGCGGAUUCGCAGAAGGUGGAGGUGGCGACGUCGAGCAUCACGACGACCCCGCGGCGGGCGAGGCCCUCGCCCGCCCAGACCAAGGGCACGCUCGCCGAGGACAUGGACGCCGAGGUUCUGAACUUGAUCACGGUCGAGGAUUGGAAGUCCCUCCGGGUCGGAGACAGGCUGAAAAUCUGCGCCAAGACUGCGGACAAGAUCGAGUUCUCCACGAUCCACGCUGUAGGCCCCGAGGAGGGGCAAUGGAUCCUGGACGAGAAGCUCGCGCUCCCUCACCAGAAAGGCACACACGUCGUGUUGCAAGAUGGCGACUGCCCAGAGCUCGAGAUGACCACCACGGAGGAAGAGCUGCCCUCGACGGUGACCGAGACCACGACAACCCACAACGCGCUGUUCAGCCUCACGCAGCCCGUCAGUGCGGGCAAGUUCGACAUCAUGGUGGACAGGCAAGAUUGUUUCGAGAUUGGAGACACAAUUAGUUUCGUGCGCAAGCCGGACGUUAGGUAUUGUGUCGGCCGGCGCCUUAUUGCGCCCAGCAUCAUGGAGCAUUGUCGCACUUACAAUUUUUUGCUGCGGUAG